AUGACGGAGCUCAACGCUCUCGUCAAAAUCUUCGACGACAUCAACACCACAGGCAAACUCUCCAGCUCUGCCGUGGACAAGGCCAAGAAGCUUUCUGAGGCGUGCUACAAUGAUCCCCUUCCCAUGACCGGCGCUAUCCUCAAAGCACAUCUCAGAGCGACGCCAAAAUCCGCCCUUUCGUCCUUUUACAUCUUUGACGCGAUAGCAAGACAAGCUCACGACUAUGUCCGCAAAGCUGCCAAGGGUGAAGCAUCGAUAUCUGGUGCAAACUCCAGCGCAGCACGAGCAUGCCUUCAGAAUCUUGAAGGGAUAGCAGCGGAGAUGACGCUCACGACUCUGAAUCAAGUCUCGGACUCUCACUUGGAAAAGGUCAAGAAGGUUGUCGAUAUCUGGACCAAAGCCAGUACUUUUUCUGAUGACAUUCUUCAAGUGAUUCGGGAUCUCGUUGCUCAAGAACCAACCAGCCCAAAAGUGGUAUCCGGUGCCCAGAGCGCCGAAGCGCCACAGCAACCACCAGUAUCGAGCGCUGCAGCGGCCGGCGGACUGCCAGCAAGUCUUGCAGCUCUUCUCGGAACACCGAGCCUCAGCCAGCAAACAGGUUCCGAGGUUGCUAGUACCACUCCCACACAAUCAGCGCAGGAUCUUCUGACUUCGCUGUCCAGCUUAAUUAAUCAACCUGCUGCGACGUCGGCUACCAGCACUGCUUCGUCCUUUGUACCUCCACAGCUAGCAGCUCACAGCGCCGCAGGUUCCUCAAUACCUGGUAGUGGCCACGAGGCAGAAUCUUCACGUUCCUUUCCGAAUGUACCCAGCGUCCCUCAAAGAGCGGAGGCUUGGGAUGCGCCUCAUGGUGCGCCUUUCGAUAGUCACCACAGAGAUUUCAGCGGCCCUGCCGGAUGGCCUGCGAAGAGCCAGACAUCUUCCGCGUGGGACGCUUCCUUCGGCUCGGCGCGAGCGCGACAGCCUCGUGAUCAUCCUUCGAGUGGUGCUAGCCGUCGCCGCAGUGCGAGCCCUGAUGCCGCGAGAAUGAGGCAGACAUCUCAUGGGUCGGCCGCAGACCGUGGAGUUCACAGCAGUGCGCCGAAGGCACGGACUCCUCCGCGAUACAGCGACUACGUGGUCGGCGGAUCCGCCGCUGAGGGUUCUGCCAGCGCGAGUGAGAGUGGGGGCGCGAGCGGCAGUGCCGGUGCGCAGCCUAAGCCGGAUCCAUCAGUGGGCGACCUGAGCAGCUUUGAUCCCACCAACUUUGACCCGACGAGCGCGGAGGGUCUAGAUCGGCUAGCGAAGAUGUACCAGAACACAUAUGGGCGCUCUGCAACGUCGGUCAUACUGAUGGCAACCUCCAUUUUUACCCGGUAG